UUUAAUAUUUGCGCUUUAUGUCAAAAACCUCGAGCAAUUGUAAAAUAAACAGCCAAGAGCACCAUUUCGGAGUAUCUGUAAAAUUUCGCUUCCUUUCGCGUGAGUCUUGUGCAAUUCAUCGCGUGAUGAAAAUAACAUUUGUUUACAACUUCAAAAUCACGCAAAACUUGGCGGCAAACUAUCUAUUGUGGGACUAUUGGCAAACUAUAUCGCAGCGUGAAAUAUCGAUAGUUCAGUUUUGAUUCCUCUAGCUAUUUCAUUUCAAGACGCUCUUAAGUGCCCUCGCAUUGAAAUGCAGAUGAGAGUAAUUAUUUUUUGCCAGCUUCGUAUCAAAUUUUUGUCCUCUAACAGUGAUUUAUGGAAUAAGAAAUCUUUAGUCAUGGUAAAAAGAAAUUCUAAUUUGUUGCGUGCUCAUCAUAACUUCGAGAACAAAUGGGGGUCAUUGAAAAAUACUUAACAAGAGAGUGCAGGCCUGCAAUUCAACACUGCGUCUAGCGCACGCCGAGUGCUACUGCUGCGAACAGUUGUGUUUAGUUCGUUUGUAAAAGCGUUACCGCUAAAUACCAGAGGUAAGCCGAGCCAAAUAUAGCUAAAGAAGCAAAGACUUCGCUAAAGAUAUACCCUUCCCGCUCCUAAUAAUUAUUUUCCGCAUUGCACGCUCGAGCUGUGACUAAAAAAAAAUGUGAAAAUCACGUAAGAGGUCGCAAUAAAAGACAUUCUUUAAAUUCUCCCGCUGUGAAAAGCAAUUCGUAAAGCUCUCGGUCCAGUUGAAUCUCAGACACGGUGCAGUUAACACUGCAGUUCUUAUGCGUUAAGAUGAUCUUCAGCACGUGUACGUUUUUCUGCUACUACCUCGGGACUUUAAUGCUGUUACUAACGUUUAUAGUGUUGCGGCUAUUAAAACUCGUUCCUUGUGCACAGUGGAUCAUCUCAGAGUUUGUAAACAGGAUUUCGACAAUCCAAAUGCCCAGGGAAGACUACUGGGAUUCACUAUUCACAUGGUCCAUGUUUAGUUCCAAACGCUCGUCAAUGCUACUCGAACUGCAGAAGACAGCUUCUAGGGGAAAAAUCGCUCCAGACUCCCAGCUCAUUUCCGUAGACGGAAAAUCACGUUACCGUCUCUUAGAAUUUUGUAGAGGUAACCGUCCUCUUGUCGUUAACUUUGGCAGUUGGACCUGCCCUGUUUUCAGGAACAGGGUGAACGAGUUCCUCUCCAUUGUGCAAGAAUUCAGUGACGUGGCCGACUUCUUGACGAUAUACAUUGAAGAAGCCCAUCCGACCAAUGGUUGGAAAUUGGAGAAUAACAUCACGAUACCCCAACACCAAACUCAGGAAGAGAGGAGUAGCGCUGCAAAGUUGAUGUUGGACUCAGUGAAAUUUAACUGUCCAGUUGUGGUUGACACCAUGGCGAAUGAUGCAAACAAGGCUUACGCUGGUAUGCCAAUCAGACUCUACAUCAUUCAAAGGAACCAAAUACAAUACGCAGGGGGGAUGGGACCCACAUUUUACAAUCUUACGGAAGUGAGACAACGGCUUCAGAGCAUCAGAAUUCAUCCGAAAACCACUAGGCACAGAGCGUAGAUAAAUUCGCGGGAAAACAAGAUGGACCCACGUUUGACUUUAGACAAAUGACUGCUCUAGCACGCGAGACGCACGUGGAUUAUUUGAAUCUGCGUGUAUGUUAACUUUGACCGCAGACCACUUCAGUCUGAUAAUUAAGUAGUAUCUUGAAGGAUCAUUGUCUGGAGGAAUCAAACCGCCAAGACAAUAUUCUGUAGGAGUUUCAACAAAAGAGAAAAUUGAAGGAAGAGAUGUUGCAUAUAUGAAUCUUCAAGUCUGGUGUGAAUAUGUCGUAAAACAAGAAGAAUUUUGUACAGUACACAUACAUAUUGUAACUAUUAUUUUGAUACUACAGGUCUCAGAUCCUCAUAUAACACUUAGUGACGACCACGCAUAGUGGGUAAUGUACUGUUUCAAUGUCACGUUCUAAGUCGGAACAUUGAUCUGCUCAAAGGGAAGCUAUGAAUAAAUUACUAUACAAGUACAAAUUACAAUAUUUUAUUUGGCCUCGAAGCGUAUGUGGUACAUGCAUUUGAGUGUAAUUGAAGAAGCCUCAUAAAUCGUGUAACCUAUGAGAAAGAGCUGCUUGUGUCCUUUUACAAACGUUUCUGCAAAGAGAGCGCGCGCUAUCGGGAUCGCGUAAGUUCUACAACGCGUUUGAAGGUAAUUAAAAGUCAAGAGGCACUAAGAUCUAAGUGGACUAUUUAAACCACCUUCCAUCACUUCGUACGUAGGGAACUAAUUAAAUGACGUGAUGUAUUUUCAUUAAGAAAUUCCUAUCCGAUGUAUCAUUGUAUACUUAGCAAGCAAAAUGGCAGAAAAAGUCAAGAUCAUAAGUCUUGUUGCAGUUGUAAAAUGGAGAGAGGUGUCUUAAGUGGUGUCUCACUCGAAAGACCGGUCAUGUUCAGCUUAGAGACAGGGUUCAUUGAGCACUUGGGUUGCAACUUUGUUACGACAAACAAGUUACAAACUAGACGAGAUGUACUAGUAUUUCCCGGCAGAAACAUGUUCUUUCGACUGUAAAAGAAGACUCUUUUUUGUUCUAUGAAGAAUCUGCCUCUCGGGAAGGCUACAAAAAUCUUCCUUUUUUGGAAGCCUCAGACGAAUCUUUCAGAAUUCUGCAGUGAAUAAUAUUAAUAAAAAUUUAUUGGUUUAUAGUGCGCCUUUUAACAUACCAGGUGGUCAAAAGCGCAUUACAACAAUAAUUAACCUAAAACUGUACAAGUAUUAAAAAUCUACAAUAUAAACAUUACACCAUUUAUUUAUA